AUGUCGGAACAUGAUGAAACUAUAUUGGAUGAGGAUCUUGGAGACGAAGAAUAUAAUCUAGGCAAUGAUGAAGAAGAGGCUCUUUUAGCAGACGACUAUGAACUGGAUAGGCAGAAUAGCUAUAAGGGAGAAGAGGAGACAGAUGAUGUACUGGACUUAGGAGUUACCGACGGACUCGACGACUUAGAUGGCGAAGAUGAAAAUAUAGAGUUUAGUAGAAGCAAAACCGAUAGACGCGAUGAUAAUGAUUUUUACGAGGACGGGGAUCAGCUAGAGAUUCAAUCAAAGUAUUACGAGCAAGAUGAACUUAACGAGUACAAAAGCGAACAAACGCGUCAACACGAUGAACAUUCUGCGAUCGAUAGCGUUAACACUUCAAGUAACAUUGGAAAGGGGGACUUGCGAGAGAAGUUGCAAAAGAAUGCAAAAAUCUAUUCUGGAAAUGGGCAAGGUUUGGAAGACGAUGAAUGCGAAGAGGCCAAGGAAAGAAGGAACAGAUUUCAAAAUGAAAGAACUAUUGUUUCUCCGAAAAUGAAUAAUAACAUACCAGAAACUUUGGAGAACGUAGUAACAGCCGAACGUUCGUUCAGAGGCCGAGGAAGAGGUCGAAGCACAAGAGGAAGUCGCGGUGGAAGAUUUAACAUACAAAAUACUGGAAAUUUCAAUCCAAGGUUUAAUAAUGCGCGUAGCACAAACUUUGAUGGUCAACCACCAGUGUGCAGACCUCCGCUGCUUGAAACGAGACCACCGUUUCUCCUUGGAGUACCAAGCAACAUGCAGAAUCAACAGAUUAUUUAUCAACAACAAAAUUCUCAAGUACAACCUUUCCAGCAUUAUUCUACAAAUGGUCCACUUCCACCAGGUCCGACACAUUUUCUAGACAACAGACCACAAUUGAAUCCUAAUCAAUUUCAAGGUCAAGUAGGAGGUCCUAGAGUAAUUGGGCCGAGGAUAGAUUAUGGGCACCGUGGUGGGUUGGCAGGACCAGGACCAGGAGCAUCGUACAAUCAUCCUCCUAAUCAACCACCAUACGUCCAAAUUCAACCGGGACCGUUUCAAAACUCCGGCGUGCUUAUGCAAGACAACCAGCAACGAUUGAUGCAAAAUAAUCAAGGUCCGGUGUUGCAAGGAAAUGCUGGAGGAUCGCUUCUUGGAAAUCUGAAUUCAGUGGUACCACCUGGAACAUCGGCGCCUUUGUUACAAGCUGGAAAUCAGCCAUUACCUAUGCAAGGCUUUCCACGGCAAACAUCUUCCCAGGGUCCACCGCUUAUCAAUCAUCCAAACGUGCAAAUACCCAAUCAAUCACCAUUCGAAAAUAGACCACCUUUUCAAGAGCCUCCGUUUGAAAAUCGGCCUGUAUACGAUUCGAGGUCCGGCUAUUCCGAUCAAGUACCUACCAGCCAAUUUAAUACUAAUACGUUACCUGUACCGCAACAGUCCACUUCCAAUGUACCCAAUGUACCUUUACCUCCAGGGCACAAGAUUUUAAUCAAUCCUCACUUUCGAGGAUCUGUUCAAUCAACGAACGAUGCAAGACUCAUAUGGGAUUCCACCCAGCAACAGCAACAACAACCAUCUUUGUCGUCUCAAAUUCCUGGUAGUCAGUUUUCCCAGUCUGCUAUCUCUUAUCAAAAUCAAAGUUCGUAUAAUCAAACACAACAAGGCUCGUCGCAUUACCAACAAAAUUAUCAACAAAAUAAGAGCGAUGAUCCGUAUGCAUACUUUUCGGAUGUAUGGCAGGAAAACAAACCUCAGAAAAGUCAGAGUUCAGCACCGAGUAAGCAAUAUCCUUCGGAUAGUAAUUACCCACGGGAAAGUAGCUAUGAAUACAGUUCAAAGUAUAAAUCAGAUCAGUGGGAUCAAAAGGACAGUUACCAAGAUGAUCAUAGAGGAGUUCAUCAAAGUUAUCGUGAUCGAGAUUUGUCAUCGAAAACCAGGAGCGAUCAUGUUUCAAGAAGUAGAGCACCUUCGUCAAACUCAUACCGUGAUAAUUACGACCAAAAUCAUGUACAGAAAUCAAAUAACAGAUCUGCAAAUCCAUCGAUAAGACCUAGAUUACCGCAGAAAAGAAUUCCCGACUCGUCGGAUAGACCUUUACGAGAUUUGAGCCCAAAGCGAAUAAAACCUAGCAACAGAAAUCUUCAAGAAGUACGAACGGUGGAUACGUUGAAUACUGUGGGCAAUGAAAAAAAAGACGAAGAUAAUGACCCGGAAAUGCAGGAGUAUAGAAAAAAAAUGGAAGAACAAAAGCGGCUCAGAGAAAAAAUUUUACGUGAGAAGGAAAAUAGGCGAAAAAUGGCCGCAAUGGAGAAACAAAAUGAAGAGGCAAAAAUCGACAGUACUACGCCAGGUGAAAAUACGCAGGAUACAAAAUCUACGUCGACGCUUAUGGGAGUUGUAAAAGAUGCUUCCGUAAAUAAAGGACACACCGGUGUUGGAAGAGUACGUGGUCGUCCUAUGAAUACACAAACUACAGAGGCUAUGGAGAAACCAUCGUGCAUACGAAUCGUUCGAACAGUACAAACUGUACAAUCCAACGAUUCUGUCGAUUCUGCAAAAGACAGUAACGCAGGACACACGAUUAACCAAGCCGGUGAACAUGCAAAAGUCUUGAAUUCUCAGACUGGAGCUAGAAGAAUCGUAAUCCAAAAAUCCUUAUCAAAUACACAAAAAGUUGCUACCAGCAUACAGAAAACGGUAUCAAAUCUGCAAAAGGGUCAACCGCCGGUACAAAAAGUAAUUAAUACUAUGCAAGGUGGAGUUCAAAAAGUUGGACAAAGUCAGUCUGAUGUGUUAAAAAAAAUAACGAAUACCGGGCAAAGAAUUGGAGGUAAUCCGCAAAGAAUUGUUAAACAAAAGUCACCAGGAAAUCUGCAGAAAAAUGUAAUUAACGUACAAGAAGUAACAAAUGCUAAUGCGCAAAAAGUUUUUGUUAAUACACACAAUAAUCAAAGAGUUGUACUUCAAAAAGCGUCGACUCAACAAAAAAAAGUACCAGAAAUAAAAACAAAUACCGUGAGAGUAGAAAAUUUAGCAGCAAGUACUUCUGAAGCGCAAAUUAGGCGUAUGUGUCAAAGCAUCGGGACAAUCGAGAGCAUACAAAUGGGCGAGCGUAGUGCAACAAUUGUGUUUAAGACGCAGUCCGCUGCUAUGGUGUUUCAUAAAAAAUACCAACGUAAAAUGCUAGACCUUUCGCUGAUAACAGUUCGCCUCGUAUCGCAAUCGAGCGGAAUAAAGACCACAACUGGAAUUGCGAAAGUUUCUUAAGGAAAAUAUCAAAUGCAUCUCUUCUAAUAUAUCGCAACCAAAAAUAAAAAAAAAAAAAGAAGAAAAAAUAUAUAGUAUUAUUUGUAAUUAUGUUAAGUAAAUAACGAUCUUUCGAUUCAUUGAUGCAGCCUGCAUAUAAUUUAACAUGCAUUUUAUAUUUUGCGAGUUCUUUGUUCAAAACAUACAAUAUGCAAAGACUUCAAAAGGAACAUAUUUUUGGCUGCAAAUAAACUGUAUAAUAUACCUUCACGAAUGAAGGUAGAAUAAUUCAAUUUGUAUAUAUGUCAAAUGCAAUGUAUAUUUCAUAUGGAAAUACAUGUGGUAGAUUUAAUAA